GUCCGCAGCGUUGCGAGCCCUUUUUGAUCAAAAGAUCCUUUGAGAAUAUGCAACUGCUCGACGAAAUGCUGCAUCGCUGUGUGUACGAUCGAAAGAUCAGUGGCCUGAGGAACAUGGCAGAGCUGGCCGGAGAGCUGCCGAGCGAAACGGAUGUGGAGUAUGCGGUGGGCAAGUACUUGGAGCGCUUCUCGAAGAUUGCCUCUGAUUCUCUGACAUGCGGCACCAUCCUGACGUGGCUGCAGCUGGACAACAAGGGGCGACGUCUGCCCCUGGCCGAUGGCGAGACGCAGCGAGCCAUCAACACCCCGGCGGUGGGGGCAGCCUAUGGCGUGAGGCGCUAUCAGGCCCAGGCCCCGGACGAAAUUAACAUCGAAGUGGGGGAUAUGAUCUCAGUGAUCGACAUGCCCAGUCCCGCCGAGUCGAUUUGGUGGCGCGGCAAGAAGUCCCAUCUGCAAAAGUCCCUCUACGAGGUGGGCUUCUUUCCGCAGUCGUGUGUGGCCACCAUUGGCGACAAGGUGCCGAGGAAUUUCCCCAUGCCAGCGCCCCUAGUGGGCCAUCUGGAUGCCUCACCCACGCAGCCAGUGCUGCGGAAACAUGGCAAGCUGAUAGCCUUCUUUCGAUCCUUUAUCCUGUCGCGUCCGUCGCGGCGGCGGCUCAAACAGAGCGGCAUUUACCGCGAACGGGUGUUCAACUGCGAUUUGUCGGAACAUUUGCUAAACAGCGGCCAGGAUAUACCCAUGGUCCUGCGAUCCUGUGCGGAGUUUAUAGAAAAUUAUGGUGUCAUUAUGGUCGAUGGCAUCUAUCGACUCUCUGGCAUCACCUCGAAUAUCCAGCGUUUGAGACGCGCCUUUGACGAGGAACGAGUCCCGGAUCUAGGAAAUCCGGAGAUGAAACAGGACAUCAAUGCCGUCAGUUCGUUGCUAAAAAUGUACUUCCGUGAGCUGCCAAAUCCUCUGUGCACCUACCAGCUUUACGACAAUUUCGUGGAGGCCAUACAGGUGAAGGCCGACGAGGCGGAUGAGCGUCUGAGGCUGAUGAAGGAGACGGUAUUGAAGCUGCCGCCGCCACACUACAGAACCCUCAAAUAUCUGGCUGAGCAUUUGUACAAGGUCUCGCAGCAUCACGAACGCACUGGCAUGACGGACAAGAAUCUGGCCAUUGUUUGGGCCCCCAAUUUGUUGCGUUCCCCUGCCCUCGAGUCUGGUGGGGUGGCCGCCCUUCGAGGCGUUGGCGUCCAGGCCGUGGUCACCGAGUACCUGAUACGGAAUUGCCAUAACAUAUUCGAUGCUCUGGAGGAUCAGCGUCACAGUGUGCUGCCAGUGGCAGUGGCACUGAAUCCUAGCGAGAGAGGAGAGCUCCGUUUGGAGUCCCUCACCGACUGCGAGAGCCUGCUGGUGGAACAACGCGAACAGGAUCAAUCUUUGGGUAUGGUAGAGCGCCCCAAGAGCCUGAGCACGGGAGGAGCCAAGCUCAUCAGCCUGGAGGAGGCCCAAGAGCGACACUCACGCAUCGAGGGGGGAGAUCUGAAGCAUUCGCUGCCGAUUAGCAUGCUGGCAAGCAGCUGCAGCAGCACCACCAAUGCCGCUGCUGCUGCUGGGAACGCAGCCACCAAUAUAGGAUCUUACAUCGAGGUGGGGGGAGGUCCCUCCAGUCUCCCCGACAAAUACCACACAGUGCUGUCGGCGCCACGCAGCUGGCAGAAGCUGGGCAGACAAAUGCGGGUUAGGCGUCAACCCGUCUAAAACGGAACUGGUGUUUUUCACUAGGAAGUACAAAG